AUGUCCACACCAGAAGACAACGAAAACCCAUUGGAAGAAAAUACAAAACUAGAAGAAAAAUCUGACACGAUCGAAAGUGACUUUCCCUUGGAAAAACUAUUGAAAUUAUCAAAAUCGUUCAAAGCUGGCGUUGAUACUAAUUUGAAUAAAUUUAAGGAAGAAAAAAUGUCUAUGAUCAACGAAAUGUCAAGUAUGAAUUGUAUAGUAAUACCCAAUGAGAAACAUAUUGAAACAAAUAGUUUUACUGAAAAACUAUCACUAAAUAAACACAACAAUGAGGAUUCAGAAGUUUUGUUGUUGGGAAGAAAUUGUAACACACAUAGUAUUUUAGAAGAAGAAUUAAAAAAUGUAUUAGAGUCCUUUGAUGCCCAAAGCAAUAGAAACGAAAUCAAACAAGAUCUGCAGAUUAACAAGGAGGCUAAAGAAAACGAUUGUAUGUACACGCCGUCCAUACAAAAUAAAAUUAGUGAGCUGCAUCAAAUGUUAAACUUUGACCAAACUAACAGUGAAAAAACUAAUUAUUUAAAGAAGAUCCUUGAAGUAGAAAACAAAUGUAAAUAUUGGACAGACAAAUAUGAUGAAUUACAUGAGAAAUACUUGCGACUAGAAGCCAAACGUGUAUGCAUCGAAAAAGAAAAUUGUGGUUAUCAGAUGGAAAUAUCAAGAAUUAAAAUGAUUGAAAAUGAAAACUCACGUCUUAAACAAGCAAUAGAUAAAUCGAAUCGUGUUCGUAAGCAAUUAGAAGUUGCACUAGAAUCAUGCCACGAAGUUGUUUAUAAAUAUCAAACGGACGUGGAAGUCGCCAGAUAUAAUGUUAAUGAAGCGCUCAAAAUGAUAGAAAAAACUUACUCAGAAAAAGAUAAACUUGUGAUGGAUUUAAAAAAAUCAAAUGAAAAAAUAGUCAAAUUGGAAAAUGAGCUAACAAAUUUAAUACAAGAAGCAGGUACAAAAGUCAAUUUGGAAGUGGAGAAAGUGAAAACCAUGUACAAAGACAAAUUACGCGAGGCUAAUGUCGAAAUCGAGUUUCUACGCACGGAAAAGCAGAUCAUGUUUAAUAAAACCCAACAAAUAUCAAAAGAGUAUGAAACUAUAAAUAAGAAAUACACAUCUAUCAAUCAGAAGUGUGUGAAUGAACCAGAUGUAUAUGCAAAGAAAGUGACAAUGCUUGCCCAACAAAUCAAAGAGUACGAAGACACAUUCAACAAUUUAAUAGUAGAUGUCGAAGUUCUAAAAGAAACAAAUAGGCAACUUCAAGAGAGUUAUGCGAGAAAAAAAACUAAAUAUGUAAUGGAAAUAGCAUUUUUAAAGGAUACAACUAAAUCACUAGAAAACCAUUUAAACAUAGCAAUACAUGAAAUAUCUGAAAACAAUGGGAUCAUUUUGGAAUCAUCAGAUAGAAUAAAAAAAUUGGAAUUGGAAAUUAGUAAAUUACAACGGCCAGAAGACAAUUUUGAACAAAAAGAAAUGCAAAUUAACGAACUUACAAGACACGUAGAAGCACAAAAACAAAUGGUGGAGAUGUGGAGAGUAGAGAUGCACAAUAUGAUUGGAGGAUUUAAACAGAAAAUCAACGAGCUCAAACAUCACUGCAGUAAACUUUAUAAGAAAAAUGGAAAAUUGAAACGAAUAAUAGAUAAUUCAAAACCAAAAUGUUUGAUUUCCAAAAAAAAACGAAUGCACAAAACCAGGAAGAAUAAAAAAUCAAAUUUUCCCUCAAUGUCAACGUCGACGUCAACUUAG